AUGCCGGGUCAUUCAAUUACAGAAGCUAUUCAUCUUAUCCGGAGGUUAAUGGAACAGUACAGAGAUAGGAGGAAGGAUUUGCACAUGGUGUUUAUUGACCUAGAGAAAACAUACGACAAGGUCAUGAGGGAGGUUCUUUGGAGAUGCUUGGAGGUAAAAAGUGUCCUGGUAGCUUACAUUAGUAUGAUUAAAGACAUGUAUGAUGGAGCCAAGACUCAUGUUAGGACAGUAGGAGAAGACUCAGAGCAUUUUUCGGUAGUUAUGGGGUUACACCAACGAUCUGCGCUCAGCCCUUUCUUAUUUGCUCUUGCAAUGGACGCACUAACGCAUCAUAUUCAAGGGGAAGUGCCAUGUGCUGAUGAUAUAGUUCUGAUUGAUGAGACGCGAGGAGGGGUUGGCGAGAGGUUGGAGGCUCUCUUAUUUUCGGGAUGGAAAGGUGAACAAGAAGGGAAUAAGCUCUCAAGCCUCGGAGGAGAACAAUAUCUUGUGGAAAACAGGCAAUUGCCUGGCAAAAUAAAGCAAGUCCCGGAAAGUGGAAACCACCCGGAAAAUGACAAAAGCUAUCAAAAUAAGCCAGACCUAAGAGAAUGCUAA